AAUCCAAUUCACCACCAUCCUGUCCCUCUAUAUAUACCAUUUCCAUUUGGCCCCCUUUUGCAAGUGAGAGAAAUAGAGAAGCAAUCGACAGCGACACAAACACCAUGGUGGGGCAUACGACGGCGACCAAACCCAGCCGGAGCGACGAGGUUUUAGAUUCCGAAGAACAACUCAGGAUCGCAAAUCAGAUCAGAGCACAAUUCGAUGCCUUCUCACCCAAGCGACCAAUCAAACCCAACCGAAGCGAACCUGAUCCCUUCGCUCAAAACCCCGUCGACUCCUCCACCCUCUCCGAUCAGGAUAUACCAGAGCUUCACAAGUUUCAAUCCCUUCAAUCUCAAUCUGAGGCUAUACUUUCCACAGAAGGAAUCAUAGAUGCGCAGGAUGAGUUUGUGGAGACGCAGUAUUACAAGGAGUUGACAUCUAUUGAUAAAACGCAUCACACGACAGGAAGUGGGUUCAUAAAGGCGGUUACAGAAGGAGGUGAAGGUGGAUACGAGAUUGCAAACAAUGGUGUUGCCGCAGGUGAAACUCGGUUCAGAGGCUAUAAAGGCAACCCUGCCACUAAUGACUGGGUUCCCAACUGUGAUGAUGACAAUCUGGUAUAUACAUAAAUGACUUUGUCUCUUCAAAGCCGAAUAGGAGCGAGAGUACUUAGAUCUUCCUGCACAAUCCUUUCCUUGUUCUGAAUGUUAUCUAUUUGGUGUUUUAGAAGAUGGGUUUGGUUGGAACUUGGAACUACAAUUUUCUUUGUUGAAUUAUAUUUAUACUACUAUCCAUUAUCAAGAGAUAAUGUAAUUAAUUGGGAAGUACAAUGUCGUGACAUGAUUGCCGUUUUAACACCGAAAGUCCACUUUCUUCA